GCAGAAUCUUUCGUCUUCCGACUGACAGGAGGAAAGUAAAGCAGUACGAACACGUCCAUCGGAACGUGAACCCAGCUGAGGUGUGGGAGAUUGUGGGGGAGUUGGGCGAUGGAGCCUUCGGGAAAGUUUAUAAGGUGAAAUGACCACUCCCAUCUCAGUGGAAACGGAAACAAACUUCACGCGGGGGCCACUUUCACAAUGCUUCCUCCCACUUUCUCCAUCAUCAGCGAGUCACUGGAGGGUGUAACACACACACACACACACACACACACACACACACACACACAGAACUUUAUGAUUAUUAUGUGAACUCUGAGUGCAAGUGAUGGGUUUCUGUCUCAACUCGGAGUCUGUGUGAGAAAUAUUUCAGAAUCAGAUUGAGAUCAGAGACGUUCAGGAAGUGAGUUCCUGAGCUGUGACUCCUCCUUGAUUAUAAAGAUUUUAUUUUCCAGCAAAAAAUAUCUGCUUCCUCCAGUUACAGCUGGGAGAUACGACAGAAUCAUGUUAUGACAUUAGACAUGUGCAUUGUAAUAAAUGCUGUGAUGUAAUAAUGCCUAUAAAAAUAAUUAAAUUAAAAUUAAAUCAGAAAAAACCCAAGUAAAUUUAAUAGUUUAAAGAUUUUGUACAAACUGUUUUUUAAUUUUAAAAUUUACAUUAUAAAAAAACAAAACUGUUUUACAUUUAAAGGGCUUUCAGAGUUAACGUCUGUAAACUGGUCACAUGGUGAGACGCUGCAGUCUUCUGUUUCAGGCAGGUCCAGAACAAAGAAACGGGUGCCCUGGCUGCUGGCAAAGUGAUCGAGACGAAGAGCGAGGAGGAGCUGGAGGAUUACAUGGUAGAGAUUGACAUCUUAGCGACAUGUAAUCACCACUACAUCGUCAAACUGCUCGACGCCUUCUACUACGAUCAAAAGCUAUGGAUCAUGAUCGAGUUUUGUCCUGGAGGAGCUGUAGAUGCCACCAUGUUGGAGUUGGAUCGAGGGCUGACAGAGAAGCAGAUCCAGGUGAUCUGUAAGCAGAUGCUGGAGGCUCUGGUUUAUCUGCACAGUAUGAAAAUCAUCCACAGAGACCUCAAGGCAGGAAACAUUCUGCUCACCCUGGACGGAGACAUCAAACUCGCUGAUUUUGGCGUGUCAGCAAAAAACACCAAAACUCUUCAAAGGAGAGACUCUUUCAUCGGGACACCGUACUGGAUGGCUCCCGAGGUUGUGAUGUGUGAGACCACAAAGGACGCUCCCUACGAUUACAAAGCGGACAUCUGGUCUUUGGGAAUAACUCUGAUCGAGCUGGCUCAGAUCGAACCACCACAUCACGAACUCAACCCCAUGAGAGUCCUGCUGAAGAUCGCCAAGUCUGAACCUCCAACACUGGACCAGCCGUCCAAAUGGUCGAACGACUUUAAGGAUUUCCUGAAAAAAGUUCUGGAUAAGAACCCAGAGACUCGGCCGUCUGCCUCUCAACUCCUCGAGCACCCCUUUGUGACCUCUGUGAAAACAAAUCGUCCUCUGAUGGAGCUUGUGGCUGAAGCUAAAGCAGAAGUAAUGGAGGAGCUGGAAGAGGACAGCAACGAGGAAGCGGACGAGGACGAGAAUCCCGAAAUCACAGCUCCUCCGGGGAAAGAUCCCUCAGAAACGAGUCAGACUAGUUUAGAAGGUGACCACAUGCCUCUCCCAGAGAGCCCCACCGACUCCGAGCGGCUGAAGCUGGAGAAAAAGCUCUCCGAUGAAGACCGGGACAAACCCUCCAGCUCAGAUUCGGGGAUUGAGGAUGGAAAAAGCACGCCAACAUCGGAGGAAGAAGGUAAAGGGGCAGAUUCUCUGGAAUACGAGUGCGAGUCACCGUCGUCGCAGCUACCUGUCCUCAAAACGUCAGAUCCAGAAGAGCAUGAGGUGCGAGAGGGCAGAGACGAUAACGAGAGAGAGACGUCAAGCCUCCCCCUGGUGGUGCGGAGUGGAAGUGGGCAUGAUAAACGUGAACUGGAUGUGGACAUUCUGCCACGUGCUACCGGGGGAAUAAACAAACGGUGCUCUGACGCAGGGAGUCAUGCCUCUGAGAGUCUCGACAUCAGCCUGAGCUCAAACGGGACUAGAGACAGCAUCGUUUCUGGUGCACAGGAAUCUCGCUUAUUCAGACGCACACUAAAACGCACCCGUAAGUUUGUGGUGGACGGCGUGGAGUUGAGCGUCACCACGUCCAAGAUCAUCGGAGAGGAUGAGAAGAAGGAUGAGGAGAUGAGAUUCCUCAGGCGACAGGAGCUGAGAGAGCUACGUCUACUCCAGAAAGAGCAACAGCGUGCUCUGUCUACCCUCAAUGCCAAAUUGGAGACUCAGAGAGAGAUUAUGCAGAGACGCGUCGACCAGGAGCUGAAUACCAAGAAGAAGUACUACGACACAGAGCUGGAGAACCUGGAGAAGCAGCAGAAGCAGAUGAUUGAGAGGAUGGAGCUGGAGCACGCCGUGGGUCUACGAGAUGAGACGAAACGGAUCCGGAUUGAACAGGAGCGAGCUCUGCACCGGUUCCAGGAUCAGAUGAAACAGCGCAAGAAAGAGGUGAAACACGAAAUCGAGAAGUUGCCCAGGAAGGACAGAAAGGACAGUUUAAAGAUCCGCAUGAACGAGUUCCAGCUGAUAAAAGCCUCUGAGGAGGAUCAGUUCAAAGCAGAUCAGUGUCAUUAUCUGGACUCGACUUUAAAAAGCAUCAUCACGAAGAACAAGAUGGAGAUCGCCGAUACAGAGCGCCGAUGUCUGGAAAAGAAACAACACCUGAUCAGAGAUAAGGAAGGAGCGAUCUGGGCACUGGAAGAGAAAAACAUGCAUGAGAGAUGGCAACUCCUCAAACAGCAGCUGAAGGAUCAGUACUUCCUGCAGAGACACCAACUACUGAAAAAACACGAGAAGGAACAAGAGCAUAUGAACUGUUAUAACAUGCGUAUGAUCGAGCUACUUAAAGUGAGACAGCAGCAGGAGAGGAACAGAAUGCCGAAGAUCCAGCGCACCGAAGGAAAAACUCGCAUGGCCAUGUUUAAGAAGAGUCUGCGCAUCAAUUCCACCGGCAGUGCCGCAGAUGAUCGUGAGAAGAUCAAACAGUUUGCCAGGCAGGAGGAGAAGAGGCAGAAGGCAGAACGGCUGCACCAGCAGCAAAAACACGAGAACCAGAUGAGAGAAAUGAUGGGACAGUGUGACAGCAACCUCCGAGAACUACAACAACUACAGAAUGAGAAAUGUCACAUGCUGGUAGAGAACGAGACUCAGAGGCUGAAAUCGCUGGAUGAGCGUCACAACCAGAUGCUGAAGGACUGGAGAGCACAGCUGCAACCCCGCAAGAAGGCUCUGGAGGACGAACUGAACCAGAAGAAACGUGAACAGGAGAAUUUCUUCCGGAUGAGCGAGGAAUCAGAGUGUGUGAACCCCAGCUCUCCCAACAGAUACACCAAAUUCCUGCCGUACACAGACUCCUCGACCACUUAGGACUUCACUGACCGGUUAUAACCAACCAAUGAUGAGCCUUGUGCUUUUCUGUAGCUCCACCCACUAGUCCAGGUAGAUCAUUAGUUCUACAGGAUUCGCCACACUCAUCGUUAGCAUGUGGUGUUAUGAAAAAACUGAAUUGUUUUAUUUUUUAUUAAAAGUAAAAAUCCCUGUGAUGGGCCUUAAACUGAAAAUUAAUAUAAAGAGUCAGAGAUAUGAAUACUUUUAUUUUAUAAAUCGUUUUUUUUUUUUAUUUUACAAAUCAUUUUUUUCUGAAUGGAACGGGUGAAAAAUAAAUACAUUUAAAAGCAAAAUCCUUUAAUAAAAAAGCCACUUUCACUGUAUUUUCAUUAUUAUUAUUAUUAUUAUUAUUAUUAUUAUUAUUUUUGGUCAGUAUAUUUUAUUUAUCAGCUUAUCUUUCAAAAUAACAAAUCCUCUAAAAAUAUUUAGUAUUGCCAAAUAAAAUGUACAGGGAAAAAAAAAAAAGACACAGCGUAUUUUUUUCCUAUUCUUUUCCUUUAAACAAUUUAUUCCAUAAAUAUAAAAAGCAAAUAUACACUUUAAUGUUCUCAGAUGUUUAGUUUUCAUUGAUGGCGAGUUCAUUGGUACUUUUUCUUUUGUCCGUUUGUAUUUACGCACUGUUAUUUUCUUCAACAUGCGAGUCACAGAGAUACUGUAAAGCGCAACACUGGCUCAAAACAAAUACAUAUAGAAAGCGAAAUUAACAAAAAAAAUCAAAAAUGUAAUGAAGAAAAUUACUUAAUAGGAUUGUCGCUAUUUGUGAUAGAAACCUUUUUAAAAACAAAUAAAUAAAAGGUUAAAAUUACACAUCUAAAUUAAAAUCCCCCUCAAUUAAAUCAAAAAUAUAUUUUGAAGGUUCUAAUCCAAAUGCAAUAAAUUAAUACAUUUUAUCAUUAAUAUUUUCACUGACACUUCAAGUGCAAUAAGUGCUGAUGCAAUAUUCUAUACCAAUUAUCGUUUUAAUUAGUAUGAUAUAUUGUAUAUUAUUGUAUUGCACAUUCAGCUCGGCCCUGCGAUAUCAUUGCAACCCUAAAGGUCAUGUAAGUCACUGUAUUACACUUUAUUUACUGUCUAACUGCACUGUUUGUUCUUCCUCCUGUUUUUGUUUUGGGAUUUUUUUUGAUGCUAUUUUAAUUUUAACCAAAAGGGUAUAAAAGUGUUUGUGUGUGAACGAAACCCUCAAUGUACAGGAAUCUAAUAAAGUCCACUUUAUUAUUUA